AUGGUUCACUCGGCGCCAGUACCAAGCAGUGGCUUCCAAGCCUUGAUUCUCUGUGGUCCUGGUGAAAGCUUGAACACAAUCUCCUCCAACCCGGAAGAGAAUCCGAAAUGUUUAAUUCCUAUCGCACUAAGGCCGAUGGUUUAUUACCCGCUGGAUUGGUGCAAGCGCGCAGGGAUAACUGAUAUCGUUUUGAUUACGCCUCCUUCUGCUCUUACCCCCCUCAAGGCCGCUCUCCAACAGAACCCUUAUCUCACGUCGCUCCAUUCGCCCUCACCCACCGUGAUCGCCCCGAAGGAUCUCAAGAUGACAACAGGAACAGCGGAACUACUUCGCCUACCGGAGGUACAAGCGUGUAUCCAGUCCAAUUUCUUGCUCCUGAGUUGCGAUUUGUUGUGUGAUAUUCCCGGUGAACAUUUGCUUGAGGCGUGGUUGGCCUCCCAGAGUGAGUUGGGCCCAGCUGCCCAAGGAGGCUUGUCCGUGAUUUAUCCCGUCAAGGGCGUCCAAGACGAGAUCAAAAAAGAGCCAACCGAUUUUGUGGCCAUAACUUCUCUCGAGCCAGAUGAGGCCCCUGCUGUCUCGCGAUACGAACUCUCAAAACUGGUUCUGUCAAUGCCGAUGGAUACUUUGAAAGAGCAGAUAGAGAAUGACAAGGGGCUUUUACUCCGUCAUACCCUGGUUGAGAAGCAUGCCUCGGUCAAAAUGUUGACCAGCUACAGAGAUGCACACUUGUACAUUCUACCCAAGUGGGUCCGAUCGCUCGCUCAGCACCAGGAGCGGUUCGAGUCCGUGAGCGAAGACUUGAUUGGAUAUUGGGCCAAAGCGGAGUGGCAGCGUGGGCUGAGUGCAAAGCUCGGGAUUGAUGAGAUCUUGGGCGGCCGGGACGAGACUCAAGAGGAGCAGGGAAGCAAUGACGGGGAUUCAUUGGAGGAAGAGGUCGACCUUCGUGGCAUGACCACUACCCACGCCCAGGGCUCUGAGGCCCGCAGUACAAAUUCCAAGCCCUCGGUGGAAGUGCCACCGAUUCUAGCAUACACAGCCAAGCCAUCGAAGCAGUUAAUUCGCCGUGUCGACAGCUCCGCCCUGGUGUUGGCGAUGUCACUGCGCCUUGCCAAACUCGAGUCGAUUGAAGAGGUUGGCCGUGCGGCUGCAUCGCCAUUCAGCCAUGCCUCGAAGAUUGCGACUCCGGAAGGAGUUGCCUCGAAGUCUAUUGUCACGAAAGGCGAUUGCCUACUGGGAUCUAACGUGACGGUGGAGGAAAAGUGCGUCAUCAAAGAGUCGUGUAUCUCGGCCAACGCGAAAAUCUGCAGCGGCGCUCGCUUGACGAGGUGUUUGAUUAUGGAUAAUGCAGUCAUCGGACCAAAGUGUGUGCUCACGGGAUGUAUCGUCGGUCGUUACAGUCAGGUCGGGCGAGACUCCGUUCUUAAGGACUGUGAGGUCCAAGAUGGCGUGGUGGUUGAAGAAGAUACCGACGCCAAGAACGAGCAGUUCAUGAGCUUUGAGGGUCUUGACGAGGAUGACGAGGACGGGAUGGAUGUUGGAGAUGACGAGGACAGUAAUGACGAUGCAGGCUUCUAG